CUCGCAUUUCCGGGAGCUCCGCGUGGAGCGUCUGUGCUGGGGUGUGUUGGACAUGGCGGAUUUUUCCGGCCCUGCUAAGCCCCUCCUGUCGCUGAACCCGCAGGAGCAGGCCAGGUUUCAGAAGCAGGUGGCGCAGGCCCGCCGGCGCGCGACCCAGCAAGAAAAACUUACUCCUGGAGUAGUCUAUGUGGGCCACAUACCUCGAGGCCUUUUUGAACCCCAGCUCAAGGCAUAUUUCUCCCAGUUUGGCACUGUUACAAGACUCAAAUUGUCCAGAAGUAAAAAGACUGGAAAUAGCAAAGGCUAUGCCUUUGUGGAGUUUGAGUCUGACGAUGUUGCCAAGAUAGUUGCUGAAACAAUGAACAACUACCUUUUUGGUGAAAGACUCUUGAAGUGUGAUUUUAUGCCACCUGAAAAGGUACAUGAAAAAGUGUUCAAAGACUGGGAUGUUCCAUUUUCAAAGCCAUCAUAUCCAGCAGUAAAACGGUACAAUAAGAAACGGUCACUUACUCAGAAGCUACGGAUGGAGAAGCGAUUUAAAAACAAAGAAAAAUUACUCAGGAAAAAGUUAGCUAAAAAAGGAAUAGUGUAUAAUUUUCCAUCAUUGAUUUUACCAAAGAAGAAAAAAGGAAAUGUUUCAAACACAGAUCUUCAGAGCUCUACAAAUAGCCAGAUUUUACAUGUGAUGAUGGAAAAAAAAAAAGUUUCAGGCACUCUUAGUACUCCUGAGAAGACUGUAUACUCUGAUAAAAUUGGCUCCACACCAGUUUGUACACCAACAUUUUUGGAGAGGCGAAAAUGUGAAGUGGCUGAAAUGAAUGAUGAUGAGGAAGAUAAAGAAAUCAUUUUCAAACAGCCUGUGGCUGGUGUAAAAGAAGAAGCACAAGAGACUCAAACAUCUACCCGUUCAGGGAAAAAAAGACAACGACGACGAAAAAGCAAACAGUGAUUCUGGACGUAUUUUGUUAUUUACUCAGUGCAGUGAUAUGCAGACAUUGGCCCAAUUUUUGGAAGAAAAACAUUUGUUCGAAUAAAAGCAGUUGGUAGUUGUGGCUUGGCUACCGUUGCUGAGAUACAGGGAGCUUUCAGUGACCUGCUCACGCUGCUUCUUUGCCUAGUCUCCUCUUGUUUGUGUUGCGUAUUUCAUAGUUGUCCUUAGUUGCUGUUCAAACAGUAACCAGUAGAUAACUUCCUACAAUUAUUUGCAUGCGAGUGAAACAAGUAGGUUUUUGCCUUCUCAACUAUUUUCUAAGUUUAUGAUGCCUUGAAAUGUAUUAAAGCCAAAACCAAA